AUGUCCAACAACACCAACUACAAUGUUUCAAGUCACAACAUUUCAAAUGCUGUAACAACAACAAUGACAGCACCAAUCACAAUUAUUUCGACUGCAUCAGAACCAACACCAAUUAUUAAAAUACCACCAACCACAAAGAUUCGAAACCCAUUAUUUAUAAGCAAAAAUCGAAAGCGAAGAAUUCGAAAGCGAAAAUAUAAAGAACAGCAUGGUAUACCAAAUAGACCGUAUCCAACCACAACAUUACUAUCGCCAAGUACAAUUUCACCAACCACGAUUUGUCCAAACACAAAACCACAAGCAAUAAUGACACCAGUAAGUUCAAACAAUGAAACAACAACACAUAUGUCAUCAACUACAACAACAUCAACACCAAGUAAAAUGUCAACCAGCUGCACUAUGUUUCCAGACCCGAAAACCCCAGCAACCAUGACACCAGUAAUUUCAAAUACUGUAACAACAUCAACGAUGGCACCCAACACAAUAAUUCCAACUAUAACUCUGGCAACUCCAACUAUAGAAAUACCAACAAACACAGCUGAAAUAUUUUCAGACACAACCACACCAACAAUUUCGUCUGGAACGAUGACUAUGGUAUCAACCAUAGCAUUUAUAACUACAACAACACUAGCACCAAGUGUAAUUUCACCAAUUACAAUGCUUUCAGAAAGAAAAACUCCAGUCACAAUAGCACCAAUAAUUUCAAACACUGCAACAACAACAUAUAAGGCAUCAACCACAACAAUUACAAUGUCUCCAACCACAAUGACUCAACGCCCAUUAUAUAAAAGCAAACAACAAAAUAAAAUAAGGUUAAGGAGAAAAUACAAUGAACAGUCAAUAAUCGCAUUGACCAAAAUAUAUCUAACUACAACAACACCAUCACUAAGUACAAUAUCACCAAUCACAUUGUUUCCAGACACAAAAACACCAGUAAAUUCUAAUAUUGUAACAACAACAACGAUGGCACAAACCGAAAUAAAUAUAUCAAUAACUCUGACAACGUCAAGUAAACAAAUACCAUCUAAAAAAUGUAUAGACACUACUACAUCAACAACAAUGACACCAGUAAUUUCAAAUACUGCAACAACAUCUAUGGCAUCAACCACAACAUUUCUAACAAUAACAAGACCGAUAUCAAGUACAAUGACGCCAACUACAAUGUUCCCAGAUUCAAAAACACAAGCAAAAAUAACCUCAGUAAUUUCAAAUACUGUAAAUAUAACAUCAAUGUCACCAACCAUAAUAAUGAAAACUACAACAGCUAUAACAAACCCAAGUAAAAAACCAUCAACCACAAGGAAUCAACACUCAUUACGGAUCAGCAAAGAACAAAAGAGAAGAAUGUUUAGGAACAAAUAUAAUAAACAGAACAUUUUACGAUCAACUAAAGCAUUGCUAACUUCAACAACACCAUCGCCAAGUACAAGAUCACCAACCACAAUAUUUCCAGACACAAAAACCCUAGAAAUAAUGACACCAGUAAAUUCAAACACUGCAACAAUAACGACGAUGGAUCCAACUACAAUAAUUCCAUCUAUAACUAUGACAAUGCCAUUUAUACAAAUACCAACAAUUCCAUCCAAGAUAUUUCCAGACUCAAAAAUACCAGCAACAAUGACACCUGUAAUUUCAAACACUGUAACAAUGACUAUGGCAUCAACCACAACAUUUCUAACUACAAAACCACCAGCACAAAGUAUAAUGUCACCAGCUACAAUAAUGUUUCCUGAAACAGACACUCCAAUCACUAACACACCAAUAAUUUCAGACAUUGAAACUACAACUAUGGCAUCAACUACAACAAGUGCAAUACAAAAGAAAAGAAUGUUAAAGGGAAAAUAUAAUGAACAGAUAAAUAUGUCAUCAACUAAAACAUUGCUAACUACAACAACAUCAUCACCAUCACCAAGUACAAUAUCAUCAACCACAUUGUUUCCAGACACAAAAACCCCAGCAACAAUGAUACCAAAAAUUUCAAAUACUGUAACAGCAACAACGAUGGCACCAACCAUCACAAUUCAAACUACAACAACAUCAACACCAAGUAAAAUAUCACCAACCACAAGGAUUCCAUGGUUUGAACUAAUUGAUCAAAUGGAUCUGUUCAACGACGUAUCUGACCAAACAAUGAUAGCACCCAUCACAACAACAACAUGUAGCGUGUCACCAAUUACAAUAUUUCCAGAAACAAAAACUCCAGUCACAAUACCAUCAUUAACUUUAAACACUCCUACAAAAACUAUUACAACAAUCAGAAGAAAUCUAACUACAACACCCAGAAGAUUUCUAACUACAACACCCAGAAGAUUUCCAACUACAACAACACCAAUACGAAGUACCAUGUCCCCAACCAAAAUAAUUCCGGGUAGAACAACACCAGCAACAUCAAACACUGCAACAAUAACUAUGGCAUCAACAUCAACAAGUGAAAUGACACCUAUCACAAAGACUACAAUCCCGUUAAAGUUAAGCAAAUCAAAAAAGAAAAGGUUGAGAAAGCGACUAUUCAAACAGAAUAACAUGCCAAUACCCAAAACAUUUCCAGUUACAACAAUAACAACCAUGUCAACUACAACACCACCAACUAUUCCAACUACAACGCCGCCAACUACAAUGUUUCCAGACACAACAACAUUAACAACAACCACACCAGUACAAUUUCAAACGCCUCAACAAAAUCAACAAUUUUAUCUAUCACAACAGUUAUAUCUCCAACAACACCAACGCCAAGUAAAAAGUCACCAACAACCGUAUUUCCAAACACAACAACACCAAUAUUUUCAAAUACUUCAACAACAACGGCGAUGGCUCCCACCACAACAAUUCUAUCAACAACAAUACCAACAACAAGUACAAAGUCACCAAUCACAAUUUUUCCAGACACAAUAUAACCAGCAACAAUGGUACCAGUAA